CACUACGUCCAGAUGAACUGUCGGGAAUACGGGAAUUUACAACCUGGAGAGCUUUCGCUCGACUGAUCAUUGUUAACGUAAAAAAUCGUUAAUUUUUUUUUGUUUUCGACUGAUAAUUGUGAUUAUAAUAUUUAGUGAUGUUUAAAUAAACUAUAUCACCUAUGUAUGUUUUUGUGAUGGAAAUUGGUGAACUUUUUGCUCAAAUAAAAAAUUAAAAAAAUGAUGGCCGAUAAGGCGGUAUCGACCGAAGACUUAUGGGUAGAAGAAGAAAAAAUAAGUGUUGCUGUGAGCUUAAUUCGGUUAGAAUCGAUUUUGCAAACUUUAUUAGAUAACAAAGUAAAAGCCUUAAGAAAUGAAAAUCGAAACACUUCCAGUAUUCAUUCAAGUCGAAAGUCCAUUUUGAAACGAUUAAGACUUAUGUCGACUUCCAGUCAAAGCACAAUCAAAGAGGAAAAUGGAAAAGGAAAGGCUUUGAAAAAAGAUUCUUCCAUAUCCUCCAGUACUCUUCAAGCUUGUCAAUGUAGGACGCCCAAUUUCGAAGUACCGUCAGUUAACGAAAGAGACAAAGACAAUAUUCACGCUAAAAAAUGUCCUACUAAUACAAAUCGAUCAACUAAUUGUUGUUGCGAUCACGAAUUAGAAGAACACACGUUGCGUUAUGACGAACACUAUAUUUCACUCGGAGUAGAUCCCGAAAAACCUAGUCCUUUAGACGAUAUUUUGGCGGAAGAAGCUUUAUAUAGAGCUAGGAAAAAAAGAAGAAAAAGAAGGAAAAAAUUAAUGAAGAAACGUAUGGCGAUGGCUCAAAACGCUUGUUAUAUGGAAGAAGGAGAAUUAAACGAAUCUUAUAAACAUUUAACGGUCGAUGAAUCAUCUAGAAGAGCAAAAUGGACCAUAGUGGCUACGGCCUUUUUGUUGCUUUUCAUGUGCCUACUCCUAGUCGGUCUAACUCUCAGAAUGGCUCCAAUCAUAGACGAAAUGGUUCGUAAAGAAAAUGAAGAAUUCGUCAAUUCUCUUACAAGACACCGAAAUUCUUCGGCAGCUCAUUCCGUCCAAAUGAACCAUACGUAAAGACAGUAGAUAGAAAUAAGUACACCACUAUUAUUAAAAUAUUUUUUUCGAGAAACUUGUGGCGUAUUAAUAAUGGAUUAUAUUAUUAUUAUUAUUAUUAUUAAAUAAACCCGUAAAAUCAUGAACAACAAGUGAAACUGUGAACUGAAACUGAUUAUCUAUACUCAACAGCUAAAAAACCGGACGUUCAGAUUUGGUUUCAUGAUUUUUUGUUAAAUACGUUUAACUUUAAUUUAUGGUAAGACUUAGUUUAUUUAUGAAUUAUUUCCACAAAUGAUUUUUAAAUUUUUAUUAUUAUCAAAAUAUUAUGAAAUGAAGAGAAGGUUGAUGUUUUUUGUUUGUAAAAAUCGAUGUAGCUCAUCGUAGCAUACCUUGUAUAAUUAUACUCUAAAUUACUUAUUUCUAUACAGAGUCAACCACAAAGAUAAUCAAUCGAUCUCGUUGAAAGUAUGUAUACAUUAGAUUUUGAGGAAAUAUAAUGUACAAAUCUGUCAUUUGUCAACUCAUUCUCUUUCACUUUCAUCAGACAGCGUCUUCAGAGACGUAACGAUUGUUUUCUAUGGCCCACUCUGUGUAUCUAAUAUUAGAUUAAAAAG